AUGAUUUGUGCUAUUUGUCAAGAUAGAGCUACUGGUCUACAUUAUGGUAUUAUAACUUGUGAAGGGUGUAAAGGUUUCUUUAAAAGAACAGUACAGAAUAAAAGAAUCUAUUCAUGUGUUGCAAGUGGAGAUUGUGAAAUAAAUAGAGCCCAGAGAAAUAGAUGUCAAUUCUGUCGGUUUAAGAAAUGUUUAGAAAAGGGAAUGGUUUUAGCAGCUGUGAGAGAAGAUAGAAUGCCUGGUGGAAGAAAUUCUGGAGCUGUUUAUAAUCUCUAUAAGGUGAAAUAUAAGAAACAUAAGAAAAAAGAUUUAGGAAUAAAGAAGAUUUAUCAAAAGAAGCUGAAUAGUUCACCAUCCUUACAGUUACCACGAUUACCAGACAUAGCAGAGAAUGUCACAAAUAGUUCAGAUAGCAGAUCAACAUCUACUAAUAGUCAAUGUUUUGGUCAAGAUAUGUGGAUUUCCAGUGUAUCCGAGAAUUUAGAUGGUAAUAUUGGCUGCUUUGGAAGAUCAAGAUCUCCCUUGACAUCAGAUACCAAAAUGGAAGAAUGUAAAAGGCUGAUUUUGGAAUUGGUUGAGAAGGACACUUUGUUAGGAAUUGCAAAAUCUUAUGGUUUUGAACAGUUAAUUGCUAAUCAAGAUUCUGUAGGACAUGCUUUGUGUAGAAUUGGAGAUGAUAUUGUUGUUAAAUUGGUUCAUUGGAUCCGGAAUCUUCCCUUUUACUCCGAAAUUCCUCUAAAACUUCAAUCACAGAUGUUAACAAAGAAAUGGCAUGAACUCCUGUUAUUGAUUAUGACGGCUUUCGGUGCCUUGGACAGUAAGAAAAGUACCUCAGCUUGCCCACUGUUUACAGAUCUCUUUCGUCAAAACAUAUCUAAGAUUCAGUGUUACUUAAAUAAGACAUUUGGUAAUUCUUUGUCAACUAAUCAGUUAAAUAAAGAAAUUGGUCCAGUAAUUGAGAAAGUUACUCAUAUUAUGUUAAAGUUUUUAUCACUACAACUAUCCCGUCAAGAAUUUGUCUGUCUACAAGUUAUUCUACUCAUGAAUGAUAACAUCAAUGAAAUGUCUGGUCAAUCUAUCAUAAAUAUACAAGAGAGGUAUAUGAAAGUAUUACAGCUAUACACAAAGACACAGUUUUCCAGUCAACCAUAUAGAUUUGGUGAAUUACUACUACUCUUACCACAGAUCAAAGAUGCAUCAGCUAUGUUAUUAGAGAGCAAAAUGAUCUACAUACCAUUCUUACUGAAUACAUGA